GUUGUACCAUCGUGUCCUUUUCCUCCUACCUCCUCCUUGGCUGGCCCUCUUCCCCGUCUUCCUCCCUCUUCCUUCGUCUCUCCGUUUCAAGCCCUACCGACAGGCAUUUGCUUCUGCUCCAGUGAUCAGCCCCCUCCCCUCCUGGCCUCCUCUCCACCCGGCCAAAAACUGAUCUUUUUUUUUCGGUUCUGGUACCAUAGCUAUUAGUAGUCGUAGCGGCUAACUUGCAAGCCGAUUGUCUCUAGCACGCAAGUGUUUUUCCCUCCCCUGAGAUUGGUGGGUGAUCGAGAGUUCGAGACAGUGUACACAUACAUACUCUGCUCGUCUGCUGAGGAUCGAUCGCUUGGUCUCGUUGUUGCGUAGAUAGGUACUAGAGGACUAUAGCUACUAGUAGGACUAGGAGAGGAUCCGAGGGAGAGAGAGUAAGGCCAAGAUGAUGCGCGCGAACCGGGAGCAGAGAGUGGCCUUCUCGUCGACGAAGGAGGCCGCCGCGGUGCCCAAGGAGGAGGUGUGGGAGGUCCGGCCCGGCGGGAUGCUGGUGCAGAAGCGGAGCCCCGACGCGGACCCGCCCCCCGGCGGCGCGCCCGUGCCCACCAUCCGCGUCAAGGUCAAGUUCAACGGCGUCUACCACGAGAUCUACAUCAACUCCCAGGCAUCCUUCGGCGAGCUCAAGAAGCUGCUGUCGGAGAAGACGGGCCUGCACCCGGACGACCAGAAGGUGGUGUACAAGGACAAGGAGAGGGACUCCAAGGCGUUCCUGGACAUGGCCGGCGUCAAGGACCGCUCCAAGAUGGUCAUGCUCGAGGACCCCGCCGCCAAGGCCAAGCGCCUCCUCGAGGAGCGCCGGACCGGCAAGGCCGAGCGCGCCGCCAAGGCCAUCGCCCGCGCCGCCCUCGACGUCGACAAGCUCGCAACCAAGGUGUCGGCGCUGGAGACGAUCGUGAGCAAGGGCGGCAAGGUCGUGGACGCGGACGUGGUGACGCUGACCGAGGCGCUGAUGAACGAGCUGGUGAAGCUGGACUCCGUCGCCGCCGAAGGGGAGGUGAAGGCGGCGCGGCGGGCGCAGGAGAAGCGGGUGCAGAAGUACGUGGAGACGCUGGACGCCAUCCGCGCCAAGAACAAGGCGGCGGCGGCGGCGGCGCCGGCCAAGGCCCGCAGCGGCAGCAACAAGGCGCGGCCGCCGCGCCCGCCCCCGGCUUCGGCGCACGCGCAUCAGAGCCAGCAGCAGCGCCGGCAGUUCCAGCCGCCGGCGCCGGUGUCGCAGACCCAGACGGCGAGCUGGGAGACGUUCGACCUCCUGUCGUCAGUGCCGUCGACGUCGGCGGCCCCCGUGACGACCAUGGCCCCCGCGACCAGCACCACGCCGUCCCCGCGCUUCGACUGGGAGCUCUUCUAGAUGGCUCCUCAAGGCGCCAGCCUGCCACACCCCCCUGGCCUGGCCCCCAUCUCUCGCCACUUGUGUGCCUGUCCAUUGGCUCGGCCAGUACCUUCUCCUGUUCGCCUUGGCCAUGGUGCAUGUCAAUCGCCAUUGUUUCUUUCUUUCUUUCCUUCCCGCUCUCUUUAUUCUGUCAUUCUUGCUGUCCUUUGAGCGAUUGAAAGUCUGUGUAUAUUGCAUUUGCAUGAUCUCUCCACACCCCCCCC